AAUUCUUAUGAAUUUCUUUAUCUUAAAUUUGGGGAUAGUCUUUGCAAAUUUAUUCAACCAUUUUAGCCGGAUUGAGUGCUUUAAAGUGAACAAUCUCCUUUCAUUGUCAAUUAACUUAUUGCUUUGAUCUUUCAAGUCACGUCAACUUUUGUAGCUUAAAGUCAUUUCGUAGGACAGCAUACUUUUAUUAAGCAUUAUGCAUACACCACACAUUGACUUGAAUAGUUUUUGUAAAUUUGGUUUUGAGUCAUUGUUAGGUAUUUAGAAUAUUUAUUGGUUUUAAAUAAGCAAUUCUUAAUAAAACUUGCACACUAAAAUGGUGGAAGCAAAAAUAGCCUAAAGAAAAAUGAUAUUUAUAGUAUGUCUUGGAGUCAAUAAUUUGUUUUCUAACCCCAAAAUUCAACAGUUUACGAGUUCCCUAUUCGAUUCAAGGAUUUAAGUUUGAAUGGAGCUUAUCAACUAACAAAAAAAGGUAGUUUCGAAUUUCUUAAGCUCACUUGAAUAGUCUUUGCAAAUUUCCCUAGUCAAUCUUUCCGGAUUGAGAACAUUAUGGUGACCCUUGCUAAGUUUUCUUGUUAGUUACAUAUCAAUAUGUUCAUCACUUACCUUUUCUUAGUAAAUGCAUUACAGAUACAUUUCAGAAAAGGAAAAGCAAAUAAAGAAAAAGGAAAAGGUAAGACGGAAGUGUCCUGCUUGUUUUUGAAAGUUAUUUGGCUGAUGGACCGUCUCAAUAACGCGUUUUAAUUUCUAAUUUCUACUUUCCACACGUUAAUGACUGUUAGCGUGUGGAAAGUAGAAAAUUGUAGUCACACUUUUUGGAAUUAUUAUAUAUCUCAAAGAAAAAUGAAAGAGGAAAGUGUCCUGCUUCUUGUUGAAAGUUAUUUGGGUGAUGGAUUGGCCCUCCUUAUAACAUCGUUUUACAAUUUUCUACUUUCCACACAAUAAUGAUUGUUAAUGUGU